AUGGAUGACGAAGUAAAGCAACUUGUUGAGAUGGGUGCCACUGCCGCCCAGGCACGCGCUGCUCUCAAGCGAUACAAGGACGUGAUGCAAGCUGCAGAGCGCAUCUUUGAUGGCGCCUUUGACGACGUCGUUGAAGAUGCUGAUGUCGCUAUGGCAGAAGCCGGCAGCUCCAAAGCGGCAUCCAGCGGACUCGCUACACCGGACGAUGACGAUGGCGAUGUUCCUGCAACAGCAGGCGACAGUGACGAAGAGGCGGACGACGACGAAUUCAUUGACUAUGACUCGGAUAUGGAGUUCAAGCCUGCUGGCACCACCGCACAAGCGAAUGCGGAUCCGUAUGCUGGUAUCUUCUUUUCCAAGGAGCGUAAGGAAGAGGUGAUCGAAGUCGAGGAGGUCCCGGAGACCGUAUACCUGCCGAAAGCUGACGAGAAAGUCGCGCUGAUGACUCAAAGUCAGUGGAUGAAGGGGUGUCCCGAGGGUGGCGAACAGAGCUUCCUGUUCAGUCUCUACACACAACUUUCCGAAGGACGCUGUCUCUGCCCCCACGAUUGCGGUGGCGCUGUGGACAGACGUAAGAGUGACUUCUUUGCCCUUUAUUCGUCGUUUCCCAAAUACAUUCAACAGCUUCGCGAGAUCGUCCGCUACACAUGCAAGACCUGCUCCAGAGAGUACUGUCUCGCUUGCGGCGAAUCGUACAACGCAUCCAAAGCGCGGACCAAUAACGACCUCGACGACCUUGACCUCUUUCAUUGCUCGAAUCUACAAGGUGUCAUACUUGGCGUCGGCCUAUCCAUGUUGGAGAACCUUUAUCUGGACCAGACUGCGAAUAAGAGUUCUGAGGAUGGUGGGAACAAGAGGAAGCAAAGCGAGCCGAAUAAGAGACAGAAAGUCGGCACCGGCUAUGCGGGUGAUAUGCGCGAGGAUUCGUCUGGCCAGCAAGCAGCGCUAGCCGCUCAGAAACUAAAGGAUGCGAAACUAGGCGAGAUCAUGACGGCUUUGCGCAACUUUUUACCUAAUCUUCACCGCGAGGGCGGUGGUCGCGCAAGCGAUUACCUGGUCCACCCAACGGCGCUUGCUCAUCUCCGACGCAGGUUCAACAGCCUAUGCACGUCGAUGCUACGCAACGACUCGCUCGCAGAUAUGGCCGAACGCAAUGUCGUUUACUUCGAGCUAUUCCAGUGGUUGGAGACCAUCUCGAAUCAUGAGGCGCUCGCGAGCAUGAUGGCGAUGCCGAUCAUGGUUGUCUCUUCGGUCAAGGCUAAUCCUCCCAGGCGAUCCAACAACGGCGCCCCGAUCCGCGAGCGUGUCAUCCUGUACGAAGGCAGCUCUUCGCCACGCGAGCUUCUCGAAUCUAUGGUCAUUCAGGCUAAUGCGGCUGUCAAGAGUCUUGAGGGUCGUACCAGGGCAGCCGACGAGGAGGCACAAGAGAUGACCGAAGAACAGAAACGUGUCACACUAGAGACAAAGGGUAAAGACAAAGCAAAAACUGUCCCUGUCACAUCCGAAGAGAACCAGAAAAUGAUCACCUUUUGUCACCGAAUCCUCUCUACCGCCACCGCAAUCGAUCGUUCCCUGCGUGACACGAAGGGCGACGCCUUUGUCCAGCGCUUGCAUGCCUCCUUGCCCAAGAUCUCCACGGGAAGUGGAGACAACGAUGCCUAUCUCGCGGAGGGAGCGGACGAGAAUGCUACGCAGGAAGCAUAUAUCAAGUGGGCCACACAAGCUCGGUUUGAGUAUUGCGACUUGACUGUCCCGGCGCCCGAGGGCACCGUGACUAGUCCCGACGAGCCCCCGAAUUACAAGUUUUACUUCAACAAUGAGGCCCGCAUGUUGGCGUCGUCAGACAUACCGAAACGCUCGUUGGCUAUCGCGAAAGAGCUCGCCGUGCUUACCACCAACCUUCCUGUUGCCUGGGAUUCCUCGAUCUUCUUGCGUGUCGACGAGACGCGAGUGGAUGUUAUCAAAGCGCUCAUCAUCGGUCCUCAGGACACGCCAUAUCAGAACGGAUGCUAUCUUUUCGACAUCUUCCUCGGCCACGCGUACAACCAGUCUCCGCCAAAUGUCAAGUACAUGACGACAAACGGUGGGAAGUACCGCUUCAAUCCAAACCUUUACGCAGACGGCAAAGUUUGCUUGUCACUGCUAGGCACCUGGAGUGGCCCGGGUUGGGUACCCGGUCGCUCCACGUUGCUGCAGGUUCUCAUCUCGAUCCAGUCAAUGAUCCUAUGUGACGAACCAUACCUCAACGAACCUGGCUGGGCGAAUAGCGCUGGUACUCCCCAAUCUGCCGCUUAUUCUGCAAAUGUCCGCCGCAUGGUUGUUAGGACUGCGAUGCUGGGAAAUUUGCAGAAUCCCCCCGAGCCUUUCCAGGACGUCAUCCGCACUCACUUCCGCCUCAAAGCCAAGGCGAUUUCGCGCCAACUUGAUGAUUGGCUGGCCAAGGAUGACGGUCGCGGCGUUGCGUUAGACGGCGCGGUGGCCGCACGCGGUGGCCCUGGUGGCUCGGACUCGAUGGCUCGCGACGUUGCCGAGCUCAAGAAGGCGCUGUCGAAGCUGUAA